GUUCCUUUGAAUCUGCUGCCAGCUGAGAUCUGCCAGCUCGGGGCAACCAGACCAGAAAAACCAGGGAGGCGACCACAAUUUCACUUUUCAUUUCACAACAGUUAGUGGGAAAACAGUUCAUUUGCAGAUAACCCACUCCAAGGUUUAGGAAACUUGGAAGACAAUUCCUGCCCUCAGGAUGGCUGCCUUUGGUAGGACGCAAUUGUUGAAGUUGGCUCAAAUGAGCUCGAUGAGCUUGAAUGGUGCUGGUUCUGCGACGAGAACGAUGGGUGCGGGUCAGUUAGGAUUAGGCGAUAGCCAAAAAAGAUUCAAGUCAAAGACGUCCAGGUUGGCGAAGAUUCUCCCUAAAGCGAAAUAUGGGGGACGACACACGGUCACGAUGCUCCCUGGAGGAGGUAUCGGACCCGAGUUGAUGGGCUAUGUUAGAGAAGUGUUUCGGUAUGCCGGAGUUCCCGUGGAUUUCGAAGAAGUCAACAUUAACCCGAAUACGGAAGGGAAUGAAGAUUUGGAGUAUGCAAUUACUUCCAUCCGGAGGAAUGGUGUUGCGUUGAAAGGAAACAUUGAAACGAAAAGUUUAAGUCCGAAUGUUAUGUCGCGAAACGUUGCUCUUCGAAAUGAGUUGGAUUUGUUUGUUAAUGUCAUUCAUUGUUUGUCAUAUGCCGGAGUUCCUUCACGUCAGAAGGAUAUAGAUGUCUACCUUAUUCGCCAAAAUACCGAAGGAGAGUAUGCAAUGUUGGAACAUGAGAGUGUAUAUGGAGUGGUCGAGUGCUUGAAAAUUGUGACCCGAGAGAAUUCUGAGCGACUGGCUCGCUAUGCUUUUGAUUUUGCAAAGAAACAUGGACGAAAGAAGGUUACAACGAUCCAUAAGGCGAACAUUAUGAAAACAUCGGACGGUCUGUUUUUGGAAAUUAGCCGUCAAAUCGCCAAAGAGUAUCCAGACAUUCAACAUAACGACAUGAUUAUUGACAAUUGCUGCAUGCAACUCGUCUCAAACCCUCAUCAAUUCGAUGUUAUGCUCAUGACCAACUUGUAUGGAUCCAUUGUAUCCAACGUUAUUUGUGGCUUGAUGGGAGGAGCUGGUCUUUUGUCUGGAAGAAAUUACGGAACAGAGUACGCAAUUUUUGAGCCCGGCACUCGAAAUACGGGAACUUCAAUUGCUGGGAAGAAUAUUGCCAACCCAAUCUCCAUGAUGAACGCUGCUGCUGACCUUCUUCAUCACUUGCGACUGGAGAACCACUCGGUUUGGUUGAGAGAAGCGAUUGACCAAACGAUUAAUGUUGAUAAGAUUCACACUCCGGAUUUGGGAGGUCAAGCAACCAGCAUGGACGUCGUUAAGAACAUCGUCAAUUAUCUCCAAGCAAAAACUAAGUGUGGAUAUCAUCUGCUGGAAGAAUACGGCUCUCAGAAGACUGUGUGGCAGUAAAGAAAAAAGUGAUACAAAAAGGCAAGCAUCGUACGCUAGCUAGUACGCCCCCUGGAAUCUAACUAUAAGCAAUACCAUCACGUCAACAACGGUAUCAGAAACAGCAACAGUGUAGCAGCAACAACCUCCUUUUAUUUCAAGCUUUCACAAUGAAACGAAUGGUGCUUAAAAAAAUAACUGUUGACAGUUGAACAAUAAUCAAGACAAAUUUCCUGUGAAAGAAUAAUAAUUCGACAAGAUAAAUAGUUCGGCAUGAUCGAUCAAUUAAUUACACAACUAGUUCUAGUCACAAAGUAUUCACUUGAUGAUGUAAAGAUGAUGUAAAAAUUUGAGGAGAGAAAAUUUGUGUUCUUAUAUUAAAACUGGAAUAAAUUUAUUGUCGAUAUGAAAAUCA